CAGUAUCAGUGUAAACUUUGUGCCAGUGAGAAUCCUGUGCUGACAGGUGAGUGCGGGUUCGUGAGUGGAGCUUCACUUGCACAUGAAAAUAUUCUAUUUAAGUAUACAUAGUUUGAAACUUUUGGACAAAUCACAGCGACAUCCUCCUUUUUCGAAAUGAGAGCUCCUGCUGCUUCUCCAGAAUGAUCUCUUUGGGGAAAAUAUUUUAUAGGUAGCACUCGAACAUUGGGGACUGGGGCGUGGAGAUGGUCACUUGGGUUGCCUUGCUGACAGUAUGCAUGUGGAUACAAACACAGACAGCCUCAGGACAGCACACAUGUGCUUCUACUACGCGCAGGCUGGUGGAUUUCACUGUGAAAUACUCCCUCCCCCAUUUCCAAACACACAAACCUAUACAGAACAUAGCGGUGAACAGGGAUCCGCAACAGCGAGAGGUGUAUGUUGCAUGCCAGAACUUUAUACAGGCAGUCAACGAUGCCAUGGAAAAAAUAUGGGAGGUGAAAACUGGACCUGUUGGCACUACGGACUGUAAAACCUGUGGGGUUUGUGAUGUAGAAAUAGAUCCUGAGGAUCCAGUGAAUACAGAUAAUGAGGUUCUGCUGUUGGAUCCGGCUGGAUUUCCGUAUCCCUACUUGUACAUUUGUGGGAGUACUCAGCAUGGGAUCUGUCACUUCAUUGACAUCAGCUUCCCCCAGGCUGGGCCUCAGUGUUUAUACAAAAAGGAGCAAAACUCACCAACCAACUGCCCAGACUGUCUGGCCAGUCCCCUUGGCACAAAAGUCACCAUAGUUGAAGAAGGCGCCACAUCGUUCUUCUUCGUAGCGGCCUCUGUCAACGACAAAGUGGCACAGAGGUAUCCGAGGAGAUCCAUAUCUGUGCUUAGGCCGCUUUCAACUGAAGAUGGCUUUCAUAUGGUCAUGAAUGGGCUGACAGUGCUCCCCAGUCUACGGGACUCAUACAAGGUUGAUUACAUCUACAGCUUCUCCACCAAGGAUUAUGUCUACUUCCUGUCUCUGCAGAGAGAAAAUCCAUUCAAAAGCAAUUCAGCUUUUCAGACUCGUCUGGGGCGACUGCCGAUAUUGAUUCCAGAGGUGUGGAUGUACAGAGAGGUGGUCCUGGAGUGUCGUUAUGAACCGAAACGCAGGAGGAAACGGAGCCAGGGUUUCAGGGACCUUGUCUAUAACGGGCUACAGGCGGCACACUUCGGGCGAGCUGGGAAAGACCUGGCAGUUGAGCUGAGAGUGAGAGAGACAGAGGACAUUCUGUAUGGGGUGUUUGCAGAGGUAAAUGAGCGAGGUGUACCUCAGAAAAACUCUGCCCUGUGUGCCUUCCCUUUGACCCACCUUAACAGUGAGAUCGAUAAAGGCGUGGAUGACUGCUGCAAGUCAGGCACAGAGCAGCUGUCCAGAGGUCUCUGUCACUUCCAGCCGUGCGAAAGCUGCCCACAUGAAAGCUCUGGAGGUAAUGACACAUGCACUACUAAACCCACCCUGGUGUCAAAGCCAUACUACAGAUUAGACCUCUUCAACAGGCAGAUGAGAGACAUACUUUUCACCUCUGUCCUGGUCACCACUAUUGGGAAUCACACCCUGGGACACUUUGGAACCUCAGACGGCCGGAUACUGCAGGUGAUUCUUACUUUGUACAGACCGAUUGUUUUUGCCAACUUUUCUCUCGGAGAGACCCCCGUGUUGAGGACAGCAGAUGUAUACUCAAACAAAUCACUUCUCUUCGCAGUGGGAAAUAAGUUGUUUAAGGUGCCCUCUGCAGGACCGGGGUGUGCACAUUUUAUGACAUGCACCAUGUGUUUGAUGGCUCCAAGCUUCAUGAACUGCGGCUGGUGCUCGGGAAACUGCUCGAGGCAGCGAGAAUGCACCGCGCAGUGGAACAAAAACUCAUGCGCGCCUGUCAUAACAGAGUUUUUCCCUAAAAUGGUACCUGCUGGUGCUGAGACAGAAGUCACACUGUGUGGCUGGGAUUUUCAGUCUCCUCUGCGACCCGCCAUCAUCAGCGGCAAAACCCACAUCGUCACGGUGGGUCCUGGGACCGUGUGUACAGUCCUGCCUGGAAAGAGCAGUAGUAAAGUGUUAGUGUGUAAGACUCAGGAAGACACACCAAACCAGGACCUCACCAUCACGCUGGAUGUCCAUGAGGGAGAAGUGGAGGGCGGUUACUCUAUUGAAGGCACAGCUCAGAUGCCUGGCUUCUCUUUUGUGGAGCCGAGCAUCACAGAAAUCAGGCCUGACUACGGACCCGUGUUUGGAGGAACGGCUGUUACACUGACAGGCAGAUAUCUUAAUUCAGGGAUACAGAGAGAAAUCUUCUUUGCUGACAAAAAGUGCAACAUUGAAAGUGCUCCUGAAGAAGGUGGGGCGUCUUCAAUUGUCUGCCAAACACCAGCUGCAACAGGUGUUGGGAAGGUACCGGUGAAAAUCUUAAUCGACAACUAUCAAGUGACAACCUCUAAGAUGUUCACCUACAAGGAAGACCCUCUUAUAACCUCUAUACAUCCUCACUGCAGUUUCCAAAGUGGCUCCAAGCUGGUGAUAGUUGGUCAGAAUCUCGACUCUGCCCACAAAACUGUCCUUCAGUACACUUCCAAAAAUCCUAGCCUGCAGUCUCUUGAACGGGUGUGCAGCAGCACAACAAAUGCCACACAUAUGGAGUGCUGGGCUCCUGCUUUUCCUGAGGAAAUGCCAGAAGAAAAGUCUGACUCAGGAGAGAUUUUUAUUCACAUGGAUGGGAAACGUAACCUCUACAAGAGACGUUUGGACUACCACCCUGAUGCCAAAAUCAUCCCCUUUGAGAAUGAUGACAAUGAAUUACCUCUAAAACCAGGAGAGACGGAAGUUUCACUGCAUCAUAACAAACUGAACACAGUGAGCUCAUGUAUGAAGAUCAUAAUGUCUAUUGGGGGUGUGAACUGCCACGCCCAGGUUUUGUUAAAUGAGCUAACCUGCAGGAUUCCUAAAGGCCUGGUUAUUCCCAGCGAGGGGUUGCCUGUUAAGGUGUCUGUGAAUGGGGAAAUUUAUGAUGUGGGCACAGUAGUCAACGAUGACAACAACAACAGCACUAUAAUAGCGGGUAUUGUUCUAGGCAUCAUUGCUGCAUUGGUAGUAGGUGCCGGCCUUGCAUUGAUGGUGAUGAUACAUUUGAGGAAGAAAAAGAGAGCCAACAUAGAGAAUCGUUUAUCAACAAUGCUUUCACGGAACCGCAUGGGCAGUGGCCCUGACUUCUCCCCCACAGGGGACUACAGACGAGUGGAUCUUUCCAGUCAAACAUCAGGUUCAGGAGGAAUGGCCUUCCAGGGUUUAUUGUACGCUGCCAGCCAUGAUCAUCUGGCCAUUCCUUUAAUGCCGCAGGAAGAUAUCUCAAUGGUCAGUCUAAGCUCUGAUCUUCUCGAAGAGGUCAAAGAUGUCCUGAUCCCCGCUGAGAUGCUUCGAAUUGAGGAUAGCCAGAUAAUUGGCAAAGGCCACUUUGGGACAGUUUAUCAUGGAUACCUGAUAGACAGCAACAAGCAGGAGACCCACUGUGCUGUCAAAUCUCUGAACCGAAUUACUGACUUGGGGGAGGUGGACCAGUUCCUCAGAGAGGGCAUCAUCAUGAAAGGUUUCCACCACCCCAACAUACUGUCUCUGCUGGGCAUCAUGCUGCCUAAAGAGGGGCUCCCUCUGGUGGUUUUACCAUACAUGAAGCACGGGGAUGUGCGUCACUUCAUACGCUCUGAGAAAAGGAACCCAACAGUGAAAGACCUGAUAGGCUUCGGGCUUCAGGUUGCCAAGGGGAUGCAGUAUUUAGCCCAGAAAAAAUUUGUCCACCGAGACCUGGCUGCACGUAACUGCAUGCUGGAUGAAACCUUCACAGUAAAGGUGGCUGACUUCGGCAUGGCAAGGGAUAUCUACGACAAGGAAUACUACAGUAUUCAAGAUCACAAACGGGUAAAGCUGCCAGUGAAGUGGAUGGCCAUCGAAAGCCUGCAAACACAAAAGUUUACUACCAAGUCUGACGUGUGGUCAUAUGGUAUCUUAAUGUGGGAGCUGCUGACCAGAGGUGCUAGCCCUUAUCCAGAUGUGGACCCCUAUGAUAUCACACACUACUUAUUGAAGGGACGCCGGCUUCCUCAGCCACAGUUUUGCCCUGAUGCUCUUUAUUCUAUCAUGCUGACAUGUUGGGACCCAGAGCCUGAGUGCAGACCUGGCUUCAAUCGCCUGGUUACAGAAGUACAACGCAUCUUGUCCUGUCUGGAAGGAGAGCACUACAUCAGUCUGAAGGUUAACUAUGUCAACUUGGACCAGCCGAGGCCUUAUCCGUCCCUGACUGCAUCUACAGAUGAGGCUGAGGCCUCAGACCUGGACACAGACAGUUAUGCUACCAGCUGAGGGUGCAAAGUCCCAAAACCUUCUGAUAGUAAUGCAGGAGUAAAGUUGGACAGCAUACAAGAAAAGGCCUGGACACAUUCAUGCAUGACAUAAACUGUUGAUCGUGUCUGGAGACCUGAGCACGUGGAAGGUGUGGCUACUGAUUUCAAAGACACUGUAGCUACUAUAAACUCUUGAUAGAGCUGAUACUGAAUCAUGCUGGAAGUUUUACAUACACAUUUUAUCAGUAGCAAAACAUAGACGGCAUUUAUGGGCAGGCCCAAAGUGUCAUGGGCCUCCCGGGCUUUCACCUACAACAUGUCACUCAAAUAAACACUGCUGACCAGGAGACUCAUAAUGACCACUAAGAAAUAUAAAACAACUAAAACGAGAUGACAAAGAGAUGCAAAACAGAUGUCAAAAGGCAUAAAUAGACUCACAAGGAUUGAAAAGGGGCAAAACAACCACAGGGGGACACAUUCAAAAUGAUCACCAAUACCAAGAGACUCACAAAGCGACUACAAACUCUAAAUGACUACAACCAGGCACAAAAUGACCGAAAACAGAGACAAUAUGAAAAAAAGAGGUGCAAAGAAACUUCGAAGAUUCAAAAUGAUCACAAAUAAGCCUAAAGUGAUUACAAACAGAUGCAAAACAGCUGCAAAGACACAGAGAGACUCACAACAACUACAAAAAACACUGACACAAAAUGAUUACAAAAAGAUGCAAAGCAACCUCAAAGAGAUUCAAUAUUCAACAAAGGUACAAAAUGUGACUACCAAGAGACUGAGAAAGUACCCGCAGACUCAAAAUGAUGACAAAGAGACCCAAAAAUGACCACAAACAGACUCAAAAUUACUACAAAAGGCACAAAGCCAUAACGAAGAUUCAAAAGCAUCAGUUAAGCAUAAAAUGACAGAGACAAAGAUAUAAAAAAACAGCUGCAAAGAGACACAGAGACUCACAACCACUAAGAAAAACAGGCCAUAAAGACACAAAAUGAUUAAAAUGAAGGAAGCAAAGUCACCUCAAAGAGAUUCAAAAUUACUACAAAGGGACAUAAAGUGACUACCAAGAGACUCACAAAGCAGCUACAAACAGAAACAAAAUGACUACAAAGAUGCUCACAGACUACAAGAGACUCAAAAGGACUACAGAAACAAAAACAACCACAGACACAAAAAAAUCUACAAAGAGACAUAAACCACAGCAAGAUGUGUAACAAAUACAAAGAGAUGCACACUGCUAUUAAAUGCUGUGUCUAGCUCCUAUUGAGGAGAGGUGGUGGGGCCUUCUGCACGGCUGUGCCCAGGGGCCCAUUGCCUCAUAAAUAAUCCACCCCCAGCAGCCAUGUAGAUGGAAGUAAAUGUUUUCAUUAUUUUGUUUCAAACAUCUGAAACACAAAUGUGACAAAAUGAAUGUAAAAUACGCUUUUGUUCUCAGACUUAUUGAAAAGGAUGCUGGGCUGUUAAAAAUAUGUUUCCAAGCCAUUGUAUUACACUGUUAGAAGAGGGGUCUAUUAAAGCUGACGUGUUCAAGGGUCAACAUUUUUAGGUUUUUGGACACAUUUUGCCAACAGUACGGGGAAAUAAUAAAGAUUAUAUCCCUUCAUGUAGAAUGCAGACGAGACAAAGUAAACACAUGAAAUCUGAGCCACUGAUGCCAAAAGCUCUGCACCUACUGAAUAAUACAGCGGCUGUCUGUGCUGUUCUGAUGUCAACUGAGGCUUUGAAAAACAUGGAGUACCUGUCAUUAUCGCUAGAGGGCAACCGAUGCCUCCAUCUGAAGCACACUCAGUAGCUGCUGCAGUGAUGUCUGCUGCACUAUAGCAGACAGCUCAACACAAAGAUGUUACACAAACAGUACGACUGUAUUCAUCUCAACCUCUGAACUAAAUCAGUUUUUCAACUCAAUCAACAUAUCACUGCAUACUUUCGAUAUUGAACAUUUCCUUGUUUCCUGCAUGUAAUUAAAAUGAUCUUCACAUCAAAUUAGACAAUUUUACAAUCUAUGCUCUGAUUGAAUCUGCACUGAUUGUUCAAUUUUAAAACUGACAACGCAGUACGACCAGCAAGCUUUCUACCAGGGUAUACUUGACUUUUGUGAUUGCUGCAUUUCCUCUCCUUCCUACCAAGAAUGAACUAACGUUUCUGUGCUCUAAGUUGCACUGUAAAGAGUGUUUUUGUACAGAUGAAUUGUGGUUUGCGCAUACAUGUCCGUAAAGUGUAUCAACCAA